AAUAGGACCUGGUCCCAUUGUGGAUUUGGUGAAAUUUCAAUUCCUGAGCAUGAGUCUGGUUUAUCAAUUAUGCCUGAUAAAGUUAAUCAUAAUAACAAUGGUGGUAGCUCAACUUAUGUGAAAUAA